CAUACGUCUAGCACUUUCAAGACAAACUCCGCGAAACACGCAGCGUAGACGUUUGAUUUUUGAAUUCAGCAGCGGCACGGCACGAAGUAGUAAAUCGCUUUUUUCGAGACAAAUCGAAGCUUCGAGUAAACGAGACGAGCGUGCUACCGCGCGCCACCCCGGUACUUUCUUUCCAGGGAACGCGUAAUGCUAUCACAUGGGGAAGACCGAAGUGUCAACGAUCAAUAGUAUUACGAAAAUGACUUGGUGAUUCAUGUGCCGAGAGUUUCGCGCGAGUCAUGGUGUCUGGGGAGAACGAGAGGCUGCUGCCCGAGCCUGAGAAUUAUGCCAAAUGUUUUUACGAUCUCUUCAAAAACGUCGCCGAGGCGCAAAGGAAUAAAGGAGAAUGGAGGAAAUGUAAAAGAAAUAAGAGUAUUCGUAAACGAGACAAGAAAAAGAUUGACUUAAAUGGGGACUUGAAUUAUAACAAUCCUCCAGAGAUAGAAACAUCUUGUAAUGCCUCAGCAUUUGCUGUGUUUGCUAGUGUGAGACACGCUAUUUUAGAGAAACAUGCAAAAACAUCGAGUGAGAUUUAUAGAUCAAACUGUAACUCUCCACCAACAGAACUUAGCGACACCAUAGAUACAGACAGUGAUGAUGAAGAUAGGAUAUCUACUAUACAAAAUUUACCCAAGAUUGUAGGUAUUGGUUUAAGAAGUGUUUUUACAUUGAUGCGAGAAAGUAGAACAAUCGAUCCAGUCUUGUGUACAAAAGCAUUGUCAGCUCUAUUGGAUGUUUUACAAGGGCAAUUACCUGAAGGUCUCAAGUCCGAGCCAGAUGAUGUUAUUGAUCCACUAUUCGACCUGUUAUUGGAUCUCGCAACAUCUCACGGUCCUGAGUCAGCCGCUGCCAAUGAUGGCAGUCACUUGACAGCUGUCGCUUGCGCAUGUCUGUUGAGUCUUGUUGUGGUGAGAGGCGAUACCGGGCGUUUACUGGCGGCGAUAGCUGCUCUACUUAUGUCUCCAAGAGCAUUAGCGGUACAAAAUAUUCAGAUGCCAUGUGUGUUAACGUCUCUGCAGAGAAGUGUUCAUGCUGUUUUGUUAGGUAAACUUGUAAGACCAGAUUGGAUUACGUACGGAGUUCCUAAGUGUUCCAAGAUAUAUACCUCUACGCUUAAGUUAUCAAGUGAGAUGAACAAUAUGGUUUUGAACGAGCGAAGCUUUGUAAGCGAUGGAAAAUACUUGUAUCUGCACACGACUCGUGGUUUACUGAAAAUUGGAAGCGGCCAUGGUGGUACAAUAUGGGGGCAUAUAUAUAUACAUAAAGCAGACUUUUAUCCAACAGAAACAGGAUGGCUUGGCUAUGCAAAUAAUUCAUUGUAUUUUAAAUGCGCACCUAGAAAACAGAGAGAAUUAUUAAUUAUUGACGCGGAAACACUCGUGGUAACAGGAAUCGCUGUAUUGGAAGGGAAAGAUUGGUCAUCAUCAGUCAUGUUCUCCGAUGGUGAAAAUCUGGGCAUGAUAACAGCGGGCAAAGAUGAAGGCUUUGUAGUACGUACAAUAAAUACAUUAAGCAAUCCUGUAACGGUUACCUCUGAACUACCAUUGAAAUUAGCGAGAAAAUGCGUAGAUAUAUUUGGAUACGCGUCAUUCGACGAAGAGCAAUCGGUACAUACUUUAUCGGUACAUACUUUGAACUCAGGAUGUGACGAUGAAAUCACGAUGAUUACAGCGGGGAAAGAAUUUGGAUUAUUAAAAAUGUUAUCUGGAAAGUUAUUAUAUAGCGGAAAAGGCACUUGUCUUGGUAUGAAGACGAAUACGAGGCCUAACAAUUGGCUCGACUUUACCUUCGGUAAAGGUCCAAGGGUUACGCAUUUUGCGGUGGGUCACGAUGGACAACAUGUCGUGAUGGUCAUGGAAGACGGCUCUGUGCUUUUCGCUGGUACUGCUAGGCGCGGAGAGGAUGGAGACAGCAAUAAAGUUCGUAGACAACCAAAACCGGUAAAACCAAAGAAAAUGGCGAAAGUGGAAGGCCAGUUUAUCGUAGACGCUGCUUGCAACAAUGGAUCCACCGCUCUGGUCACACGAGACGGAUCUCUAUUGAUGUUCGGCAAGGAUACGCUGCAUAGCGACGCAGUUACAGGAUUAGUUACCGAUCUGAGGGAAGUGUGCGUGGUUCGCGUGUCGUUAGGAAAAGCUCAUGCCGCCGUGUUAACUAACAAAGGCCACCUGUACACCUUCGGUAUAAAUAACAAGGGACAAUGCGGCCGCGAUUCAGCGACGGUGCACACAGUUAACAAGGAGAUGUCGGUGGUCGCGAUGGAAAUGGGCACGGGGGAAGACGAACUCAUAGUAGCGGAAGAGGAGAGCGUGAAUUAUAUGAAUUGGGAAGAGACGCGAGGCAUGUGCCCGCCGGGGCAGCAUCAAUGGCGGCAUCGCGUCUGUAUGGUUUGCACGAUAUGCAGAGAAUGCACCGGUUACAGUAUCUCGUGCUUGAGCAGCAUACGUCCUGACCGGUAUCCCGGCCAAGAGUGCGGAUGUGGCGAAGGGGACAGCGGAUGCGCAGAGUGCGGUUGUUGCCGCACGUGCGCGAGAAAGAGCUGCAGCAACGGUAUAUCGCGCUCGAAUCUACGGGAGUAUUUACAGCGACGACUAGGUGAGAUAAAAGAGUGGCAACGGUGUAAAGCCGGACCGAGUACCGUGAAGUACUGCAUGAAAAUCAAAGGAUCGAACAAUCAGCAGCGCGCGGCCGGCUCGAGCAUCGCGCAGAAGGGAUUUCCGGACAAAGUGGCGUCGGGGGGCUUGGGUAACCUCGUGACCGAGGAGACCGUCGGCGGUAGCGACGUGGAGAGAGGAGACGCUGCGAGGAUCGCCAGCAUAUCACCGGCGAGGGUUCUCGUGCCCAACGAGAGCCCUGUGAUCCAAGUGUCCUGCGGUCUGCACCACACGGUGCUGCUUCUGCAAAAUGGCGAGGUGUACACUUUCGGUAGUAAUAUAUACGGUCAGUUGGGUGUCGGAGACUUGGUGGCGCACUCGGGACCAGUUCAAGUAAAACUACCUACCAUCGCUACCCAGGUCGCAGCCGGGAGCAAUCAUACCGUCAUACUCACGUCGAAGGGUGAGGUUUACACGUCCGGUGCAUAUCAGAAAGGACAGCUCGGCAUGAACUGGUGGAACGGUCAGAAUGAGUCCACCAAUAGCAACUCUCAGAUGAAUCGUCGCUCCGACCGGUCUCAGCCGUGGCACAGUUUCCCGAACGUAGUACCGAAUAUCGGGCCCCGAUGGGGCAGACGAGCCACGUGGAUCGGUGCAGCUGGCGAUCAAACGUACGUCAAAAUAGACGAGAUCAAUUCCAUCAGCUUGACCAGAAGCACCGUCAUGGCGAAUAAGAACUGCAUUAUCCUGAUCCCUCAUCAUAACGAGCACGUCAAUUCCUUCAAGAGUCUGGUGAUAAGUAAACGCGACGGUACCUGCAACAGUUACAGCAGUGCGGACCAAGUAGACUUCGGCAAUUGCGCAGCGUGCCUGGAUCCUCUGUACAAUGUCAUCUGGACUUUUAAUUCGACGAAUAAUGAGAUCAGCUUGUACAACAUAAUAUCAACGGAAGCUAAGACGAUACCGGGCUUGGAAGCUUCCAUACUCAAUCCAGGCUUGGCGCUUCCGGUCGUUCCUACCUGCUUCGUUACUCGCUCUCAAGCCGCGAUGCACUUGCUAGCUUGUCUAGAUACCCUGACGCAGGCCCAAGACGAGAACCUGUCGAUAGUCGAGGAGAACGAGUGCAAUCAAUCGCCACACAGCAAGGUCUACAGUCGCGAGGACUUCGCCACGGUCAGUAGAUUCGAGAGUCACGGUGGAGGAUGGGGUUAUUCACCUCACUCGAUCGAAGCGAUCCGUUUCAUGCCUGACACGGAUAUUCUGUUGGGAGGAUACGGAUUGUUUGGCGGUCGUGGGGAGUACACAGCGAAGAUAAAGCUCUUCGACAUUGGCAUCGAUGGCGGGGAUCAAGAAAACGAUGGCGAACUUCUCGCGGAGACGGAAGAGAUCCCUUAUGAGUGCGGCCCGAGGCAGAAGUACUCGAUCUUGUUUGACGAACCUGUAGCUCUGCAGGCGAACAGGUGGUAUGUGGCCUGGGUCAAGGUCAGCGGACCUUCCAGCGACUGUGGUUCCGGCGGGCAGGGAAUGGUCACUGCUGAGGACCAAGUGAUGUUUUACUUCAAAUCAUCUAAGAGAUCCAACAACGGCACCGACGUCAAUGCCGGUCAGAUCCCGCAGCUGCUGUACCGCGUCAUUACGCAUGAGAAUCAGACGUCGAACAGACAGAGAGACCAGGUCGAGCCGGUCUACGUGCUGAAGAGGGAAUUUAGUAGGACCGUGACGAAGGAGUGCUUCCAGUCGUUAAUAUCUCUCCUGCAGUGGAGCUGGAACACUUUGAAAGCAGGUUUAGCCGACGCGACCGCGUCCUCGACUCAUGCGCUACUCGAGAUGGAGCGCCUGGUGUACAUAAGCAAGGCCAGUUUGCGACUGAUCAGAACGUACACCAACGAAAUCUACCCCAAUCACGCCGUUAGGAAGGUUCCUCUCGAGUCGGUGCGCUUGGCGGAAUGCAUAGGCGAAGUGCGGGCGUUGCUGCGCCAAAUCUUAUCGGACUCUUUACCCUUCACCCUGAAGAACAAGGGUAAGACACGAUCCAAUAAAGGUUCUGGGGGAAUUAUGGGUAACAAAAUGGCGAGCACCAUUUUAGACGAGUGUCACAAGACCUUCGUAUCUUGUUAUCACGCGUUUUAUCCCACCGCCUAUCUCAAAUGGACCUCCUUGUGCGAGCUAUUAUCGGAGAUCGACAAGGAGCAAGGCACAACUACGAAGGAUCGUCUUCUUUCCGCCGUGUUGGCCUCUUUGUGCAAUUCCGCGAUACGACUGAGGUGUACGUUCCCGAUUUUGAGCAACAUCACGGACAGCAGCAGCGAUAGCGUCAAACGACAACUUAGUCCGUCCGAUAAUGCCGGUUUGCUCAUGGCAAAUUCCACGGAAACUCACCAGUACCCGAUCCUGGUCGAACAGAUCAGCCACAAGUCCCAAGUGGAGAGCUCUGGCAAGGAGAUGCUGAACUGGUCGUUUCGCGAGGUGCUCGACAGGCUGUUGGAUUUAAUAUUGAUACCGAUCAAGAGGAGUCUCUGCAGGGAGAAGAGCCAGUCUCUGCCGGAAUUGGUUCUCCAUUGCUGUUACUUAUUAGCGCGAGUCAUCGCGGAAUUGGCCGCGCAGUCGAGCGGCAACGAGGACGAAUUGCAGGCGGCCUGCGGCAGGCUCAUGUACACUACACCCUCGAGGUUCACGCGCACGAAUCAGUCGAGAUCGUGGAACACCGGUAAUGGAUCUCCGGACGCCAUUUGCUUUUCCGUCGACAGGCCGGGUAUCGUCAUUGCCGGGGUUGGUAUUUACGGAGGCGCGGGGGUGUACGACUACGAGCUGGAGCUAUUAGACGAUCAAAACAACACCGGCAACGAUCCGUCACAUACUCAACGUUGGAGUAGCUUAGACUUCACGAGGGGAACCUUUGGACCGGACGAUUGCGCCAACGAUAUAGUGGAGUUAAAGUUUGACAAGCCGGUGCUCAUAAAAGAAAAUGUGAAGUAUGCUAUUAGAUUGCGAAAUCGUGGCGGACGGACCAGCAACGGCGACGGCGGCUUGAGCGUCGUCAAAGGGGCGGACGGUACAACGUUUACCUUUACGGCUUGUUCCUUAAGCUUCAACGGUACCACACAAACUAGAGGUCAGAUACCACAUAUCCUAUAUUAUUCAAAUCCACAAAAUUCCGACGGGCAACAUACGAACAAAGCGAUGGCGGAAGUGCAAGCGAGAAAGUGCACUCUCGCCAUGACCUCAACGAUCAUCCAACGGUCGAACGAGAUCUUCUCUCUGGCGAGGGAGAGAGCGGAGGAAGUAAUAGCCAAUGAAGUUCUUAGUAACGCGACCUUCGUAACGACUCUCUUGCCGUUGGUCAUGACGCACAUUAGCCCCUUAGCCACAUCGGAUCCCAGAAGCAGCGUGCAAAUCCUUACUCUGAUACAGGAGAUGUUGCCACACAUAGCAGCUUUGAACUUGUUGUCUGCAAUGGGAACUUCUCAAAUAUCUCAAGACAGUGAAACUCAAUCACACUUUGCUCCUCCGGUUACUACUAGUCACCAUUACACUUGGCUGGAGAGCGAUCAUCCUUAUAAACCGGCUACAGUGUCGUAUUACAAAGUCACCUUCCCGGAGACAGUCAAGUGGCUAACUGUCGAAUUCACCGCAGAAUGCGGUACAUCGCAACCGGAGGAUUAUUUGCAACUGUAUAUACCAAAUGUCAUUCCCAAUUCCUCCGCCGGAUCAGUCACGAACGCUGCAAACGAAGACAUUCCUCUAUAUUGGCCGGUAUUACAUAAGCUGAGCAAUGUUCAGAGCCAAUGGCCCCAAAACGCCGUCGUGUUACCAGGAAACGAAGUGAUCUUCUCCUUGGAAACUGCAUCCGAUUAUGUGAAAAACGAGAGUUCCAAUACCUAUGGCUUCAAGUGCUUGGUCACCGGUUACGAUUGGAUAACAUCCGGUCAUGGUCUAAAAAAUUUAGAGAUCGAGUUAUCUUUCCUCGGAGGAGCGUGCGCCGCUAGUCUCAUGAAGAAGAAUCUAUCGUUGCCUCCAGUUUCAUCGGAGGAAGUUGAAGAGGAUUCAGAAUCUAUGCAGGAAACAGCAAAAAGGAUCUUCUCCGUUCACUCUACAUUGCUUGGACGAGGAUUCGCACUCGCGUCGCCCCCCACAGUUUCCCAGGCUCUCGACGGCGUACUUCCGUACAGUUUUCACUCCAACGAACGUCUGUUCCUGCGCGAUUUCGUCUCUUGCUCGGCCGGCACCAGCGGCGGCAGGCUCGCGAGAUGGCUGCAACCGGACAGUUUUGUGGAUCCCGGCCAAUGCGAGGCGCUUUAUUCGCGCGAGGACAUGAGAUGCGGAUGGCCGGCCAUCGUCACCGUGCUCACGAGAGAUCAAUACGGCGAGGUCGUGCACGUCCCCGGACUGAAGGUCGAAGUGAAGGCAGUGCCGAUAGAUAAGACAGACAUCACAGAGUCCGAUCAGAGCAGGAAGAUCCGUCGCGUCUCGCAGCCGGAUCCGAUGACCUUCGGCGGUCACCCGCAGCCUCCGUUGGACGUGCCCUACGAAGUUACCAUCAACAACAAGAUGUGCUUCUACGCCAUCAACAUCAUGAAGGCCUAUCAGAAUUACUCGUUCGAGGAACUACGGCUGAUGUCGCCCGCCGUGAAGAGGUCGAGCGAGAGCAUGCUGGUCAGGCCUAACGGCGACGGCAGUUACAGCGCCACGUGGACGCCGUCCUCGGUCGGCUGGUACUCGCUGAUGAUCACGGUCGACGGCUACAAUAUGGAAGAUAACUACAAAGUCGAGGUGAAGGAAUCCCCUCAGGGCAUGCAGCCGCCAACGCAGAACAUUGUGAAAAAGCCGCAGCUGCAGCCGAGCAGGCUCCGGAAAUUCGUGGCGAAGAAUAGUGCUGGUUUGAGAAUACGAGCUCAUCCGUCGCUGCAGAGCGAACAGAUCGGAUUCGUCUCGGUUAAUGACACUAUAGCGUUCGUCGAUGAGAUCCACAACGACGACGGGGUCUGGCUACGAUUAAACGCGGAGACAAUCAAAGAGUACUGCAACAGCAGUCACCUGGAGGCCUGGUGCUUGCAGUACAAUCAGCAUCUAGGGAAGACUCUGCUACUGCCGGUGGAGGAGCCAAAAUCGAUUCUGGAUCAGGUGAUCAAGGAGACCAUCAUGCGAAAGCGUCCCGACGCUGGCGACGAUCUUCCUCCCGUCAGCAGUAAGAGGAAAACGGUGACUUUCGACGCCGGAAGGAGCAUGAUAGUCGUGAAAUGCGGAGCUUCCGGGCACAAUAUCAGGAGCAAGCCGAGCUUGAAGAGCGCGCCGGUUGGGAUGUUGGCGCUUGGGAACACAGUAACUAUUCAGGAAUACUGCGUGAAUCACGAAGGAACCUGGGUGCGCAUCGAUGACGACUCGGUGGCCAAGUAUUGCUUCGACAAAGGCCGGGGUGUGGACGGCGAAGCGUGGUCGCUCGCGAUCAACAAACACGGCGUGAUUUACAUGAAGAUCGAGCAGGACCUGGAGAACGAUCCGAUAGAGAAGAAGCCGAUGAUACCGGAGCCGACCGUGUCGCCGAGUAACAAAGGCUUCGACUUUUCGAUACCAUCCGUGAGCCACGAGGGCUUCAACUUCACUACGCAAAACUACACAUCGGACACGACGGAGUCCGUCGAGGGUUGCAACACGAAUCCAUUUGUUUUCGGCUCGUACAAUCAGCAUGACUCGCCAGGUAGGAUGCAGUCGCGGACGGCAAAUUCGGCUGACUUGUUGCAUCCAGUGACCGGAAGCGAACGCUUCACACCGGAGAAAACCGACGGGACCGCCAAGUUCUCCAAGCCCCAUUCCAAGGAGAGAGUGGCCAAAGAGCGCGAGAGGGAGGGCGGCGGCGGAAAGUUCAGCGUUCUUCAGAAAUGGCUCAGAGGGGAUGAUAAGUGUCACGGCGAGAAAAGAAGUUCACCGGGCAGAGAUUUCUCGGAAUUCGUGGGCGUGUCUGUGAAGGAGUUGGUAAAGGCGAUGGGGGAAAGUCGCGCGAACGGCAACGGAGCGACACCGCCGGAGACCCCUCGGCGAAUGUCAAGAAGUUCCUCACCGAAGAAUCCCCAAGGUGGGUCACCAAGAUUUUGCAGUCCGUCCUCUAGCCCAGUCCCGAUACCCGAAGCUGUGAAAACGGACGCUGACACUCCUGGGUCCAGUCGGCAGCCAGCUGUUUCUGGCAAUUGCCUCUUCCCUCCUGCUGCUAACGCACCAGGUGGGAGAAGCGCGAUAGGAGGGGGAGAGAGUAUGAGUAGCAGCCCUGUACUCUGCGGCUCCCCCCGAAGUGUCGGCCUCUCCCCGUUAGUGUCGGGAGGGAUGGUCGACAGCAUCACGUCACAACGUCGCAGCUCGACGCAGAGCGACACAAGUGCCUUGGUUAGCAGCCUGACGAGAGAUCCGUCUCAGUCACCGAGCGGCAUUAGUACUACUGCCAAUACCCGUGAUCUAUCACCGAGUCCAAGUUGCAGUUCCUUACACAUGAGAUCCGAGGGCAGCAUAGCGAGCCCGCCCGACACUCCCAAGAAGGAUUGUUGUUGCGAUUCCCAAGAGAGCCCGCGCAAAGUGUCGCAAGCGCAGACCCAAACGAGUCCCGAGAGCGCCACUACGGCGAUGAAGGGCCACUUCAGCAUCGGUUCGUCCGGGGUGAAGGACGAGCGACAUUCCCCCAAGAUGAGCAGGAGGGAUCACAUGAAGGCCGCCAAGACGAGGGCGAAGCGCGCCAUGUCGCCGGCGAACGCGCAGCAGCAGAGUCCCAAUCCGAAUCGUCCUUUGAAUUUGAGCAAGGACAAGGUGAAGGAAGCGGUCAGUCCAUCCGUGGCGGAGUGCCUGCGGGCCGUCUUCGCGGCGUUCUUAUGGCACGAGGGCAUCGUGCACGACGCCAUGGCCUGCGCGAGUUUCCUCAAGUUUCAUCCGACUUUGCCGAAGCAGGGCGCGCUGGUCGUAACGAGACAGACUGUCCUGCAACCCAGCGAUAAACAGCAACAGGAGCAGAAGGCACGGCAGAGACACUCCGUCGAGGUGACCAACGCCGGCAAUUACUUGCACAUUCAGCCGAGCACGCUGGAGACCCUCACGCGUUCAGCCGCGAACGCGAAUGCCAAUAGGAACAGGAAGAAGCAGGAGAGCACGAUCAAGGAGGAGAUCCAGGCUAACAGCAGCAGCAAGCUCACCUCCCUGCCCGAAUUUCACACGGUCGCGGUGCUACCGCCCGCCCUCAAGAGCCUGGUCUUCCUCUGGGAGGAGCUCAGCACGAAUUGCCUGCAAGCCAUCGAGCAACAGUCGAUCCUACCGAGCCCGAUAUCGCACGUGCAAACGAUGAAGCUGGCGAAACGGCCGAUACCGGAGAAACGUCCGCGGGAGGACAAAGUGAAGGAGCGCGAAAAGAAAGGGAUCAAACGCGAGGUAAUCUGCGACCUCUGCGGUCUGAUGUUCCCGCAUCCAGUGACUUAUCACAUGAAGAUGAUGCAUCCAGGCUGCGGCUGGCACGCGGGCGGAAAAGGGUACAACAGCGGCGGCGGCUACUGCGCAGGGUGGGCAGGCAACUGCGGUGACGGCGGUGUCGGUGGUAGUUCGUGGUACUUGAUGUGCGACACAUGCCGAGAUAAGUACCUGAAGGCCGGCAAGAGCAAGCUGGCGAAGAAACUGGAGACCGGCAUGUCCAAGAGGAAGAGCAACAGCGCCAACACCAAGACCCUGUCCCCGAUUUACAGCCCCGGCGGGAAUGAGACUCAUAUCAUUAUGAAGAACAACGCGAUGUUCCUGUUGGAUUUGGCCAGCGCAUCCGGCUUCAAUAUCCCGAAACAACAGCGCCGACCCUCGCAAACACUGUCGUCCGUGGCGGAGAAUUACAGCCCCCCGGAGGCCGCCGGGCCGUUCCCGCCGACCGGGCCGUUCCAAUGUUUGCAAGCUCUGGGUGUACAUCACUCGCAGAGUCACGAUGAAAGAUAUUACGAGGAAGCUCUGAGGCGGCAAAAUGGCCAGCAGAAUAACUACGAAGGUGCCAGCGCCGUGUACAACAACACGAACGGCAGGCCGUUGUCCGAAUACCCGAUGAGCGACAGCGAUAUCGAGAACGGCAAGUACCGCAGCAUGUUUCACAGAUCAGUGUCCAUGUCAACCGGCGCGCCUUGGGCUCGGAACAGCAACGACGGCAGAAUCGUCAUGAUGAGGAAACGGAACAACAGCAGCAGCGAAAUGAACAACGAGACGGGUUCUUCGCUCCUGUGUUAUCCAUCCGCCGCGCUCCAGAAAUUAGUGCCAUCGAUGGACCAAUCGGCGAUAGUGUCUUCGAGCCAGACCGAAGUAGCGAAUAACGAUCGGAUCGAGAUUCUCAUGAGACCGGUGAUGCUGUUUGUUCUCCAACAACACAACUUGCAGCAUCUGCAGCUCGCGAUGAAGCAAGCGUUGCGCCGUGCCGCCUGUCGAGUUUACGCGAUGCAGGCGUUAAAUUGGCUUUUGAGAAGCGUAACGCAGCCAAUUUGUUUGCACGACUUGCUCUGGUGGUUCGUCUCGUCUCUCACUCCGGUUGUUCCUUCUGACACCACGGACACCAACGACGACGACAAUAGAACGAAGGAGAAGAAGGAGGAUCAUGACAUGAUUGGCGUCAGCGAACAUCCUUUGAGCGACCUGGUAAUAGCCGGAGAAUCUGUCAAUCCGUUGCCCACGGUGUUUCACACAUUGUUACAAACGAUUGCGGAUCUGAUGUUAUUACCGCCACUUGGAUCUCCGUUACAACAAGCUGCGAUUCGCUGUUGGGGUAUCCGUUUUACACCGGCGGACCAUAUGUUCCUACAUAGAAGUCACGUAUUCAGCAACAUCAGCAAGAUUCUCUCGCGGUCCGAAGAGGAGGAGGAUGUGACGAUGAGCAUGCACGAGAGCCACCAGUCGACGGUGUCGCAGCAGAUGAGCGGCUGCGUGGACGCUUUGAGGGAUUUAACAUCCAGCGUGGAUAUUAAAGCGUCCAGCAGGCAAGCCAUGAUCGGAAGCCUCACGGACAAUUCCACGGAGACGUUUUGGGAAUCCGGAGAUGAAGAUCGCAACAAGACCAAAAUCGUCACCAUCGUAUGCGGUGCUCACUCCUUGCCAAGAAUGGUGUAUGUGCACAUCGACAAUUGCCGUGACUUAACACACAAAGUGUCGAGUGUAACAUUCCAGUCCGGUGUUAACUCCGACGAAAUGAUCAAACUGCGAUCCGUAGAGAUCGAAAGUAGAUCGGCUGGGUGGAUUAAUUGUCCCAUCACUGAUCAACGCCAUGUGGUCGUGAGUAUGGAACUAAAGGGUCCGGAUAACUCCCUGAGAGUUCGCCAAAUCCGAGUAUUAGGUGAGAUCGAGGGGGAAUCGUUAAAAGUGGGAAAGCAACUGAGCGCACAAACCAUUCAGCAGAGAAACUGCGAGGCGGAAACCUUAAAAGUAUUUCGCCUGAUCACUUCUCAGGUAUUCGGUAAACUUAUACAAGGAGAGAAGCAGCAGCAGACGGAGCCGACGGACGGUGCGAAUGAGGACGUGGAGGAUAGCAACGAUCUCAGGGAGCAUAUGGUUGGGAUAUUAUUCAGCCGGAGCAACCUGACGCACUUGCAGAAACAAGUGUGUACUCACAUCGUGCAAGCGAUCAGAAAGGAGACGAUACGCAUGAGAGAGGAGUGGGAGACAGUCCUGUUCUCGCCGACACCCGUUAAUAGUCUACUGAGCGACAACAGCGAUCUGCAAAAGGCGACCGAUACGUAUUGCUUCGAAAUGCUUUCUAUGGUUCUCGCCCUGAGCGGUAGUUCUGUAGGACAGUAUUACUUAUCGCACCAGACCGGCUUACUGAAAGAUCUGCUAAGCUUAUUACAUACUGGAUCGGCUAGGGUGCAGCGCCAAGUAACGUCUCUCUUAAGACGGAUAUUGCCCGAAAUCAAGCCUGAGACAUUGGCAGGUGUGAUAAACGUCGAGCAACUGCCGCCUAGCGACUUCAGUAUCGUAUCCGCGGCGAACAGCAAUCUCACUCAUGUUUCCGAUUUCAACGAACAUUCCGCUGGGAUUCUUGACGUGUUUCUAAGCUGCAUCGCCAAGGCACUGACCGUGCAGGUCAAGAUGAAAGGGAAGGAGAACAACGGCAAGGCCCUUCAGAGCGUUUCGUUAGCCACCAGCAUUCACCCGGACAGUUACGUCGGGACGAGGUGGUGGCUGAGAGGUUGCAUGACGCGAAAACUGGCGGAGGUGCUGAUUCAGCUGUUGAAGGAUAUGGCAUCGGGCAAAUUAUCGGAGGAAUGGGCGUCCGUGACGAAAGCGGGGAUAGCUGAGAACAUUCUGAACUUGACUAGAUUGGACGAGAAGAGUCGCGAUCCCACGGAAUGUCUCCGAUCUCCGACGCUAUGGCUGGCGCUCGCUUCUCUCUGCGUCUUAGAUUCGGACCACGUGGAGAGACUGUCGUCUGGCCAAUGGAGAGGUACCGAGGGACAAGCGCCGCCGCCUAGACCGACAUGCAGCAAUCACGACGACGACGAGACUACAGCCAUUAUCCAAUGUAACGUUUGCGGCAAUCUGUGCGCGGAAUGCGACCGAAUUCUCCACCUUCACCGGAGAACGAGGACGCAUCUGAGACAAGUGUGCAAGGAGGAAGAGGAGGCGAUACGGGUGGACCUUCACGAAGGCUGCGGCCGGACGAAACUCUUCUGGAUACUAGCUCUGGCGGACAGCAGGACGUUGAAGGCUUUAGUGGAGUUCCGCGACGGUUCGCCGAGGAAACCGGUCGGCGCGGCUACCGGUAUUUGUCGAUUUUGCGGCACCACCGGCAACACGGGCUUGUUAGCGAUAGGGAACAUUUGCGCCGAUCACGAUUGCCAGGAGCACGCCAAUAACGCUUGCAACAAGGUUCACUCUUGCGGCCACAUUUGCGGCGGCGUCAGGAACGAGAGAACCUGCCUGCCCUGUUUGCAUCGUUGCUUACCGGGAACCGAUUUGAAACAGGACGCCGACGACAUGUGUAUGAUCUGCUUCACCGAAGCUCUCUCCUGCGCGCCGGCGAUUCAACUGCAAUGCGGUCACGUGUUCCAUCUGCACUGCUGCCGGCAUGUACUGAUGAAACGUUGGGUGGGGCCGCGGAUCACCUUCGGCUUCUCUCUGUGUCCGAUCUGCAAAGUACCGAUGGACCAUCCGACGUUGUCCGAGCAGCUGGCCAGCGUGAAGGAUCUCUACGACGACGUACGAAGGAAGGCUCUGAUGCGUUUGGAAUACGAGGGACUGCACAAGGCCGAAGGAGCUUUCGCACCCGGAGGCCGCUAUCAAGAUCCAGCCGCCUACGCGAUGGAACGGUACGCGUAUUACGUGUGCUACAAAUGCCAGAAGGCCUACUAUGGUGGUGAGGCGCGCUGCGACGCACAGCUAGGCGGGGAGUCGUUCGAUCCUACUGAACUGGUGUGCGGCGGAUGUAGCGACGUGGCAAGGGCUCAGAUGUGUCCGAAGCAUGGGGCAGACUUCCUCGAGUAUAAAUGCCGAUACUGUUGUUCAGUGGCGGUCUUCUUCUGCUUCGGAACCACGCACUUCUGCAAACCUUGCCACGACGACUUCCAACGAGUUACCACCAUCCCCAAAAACGAACUGCCCGUGUGCCCCGCCGGUCCCACAGCCAAGCAGUUGGAAGGAGACGAAUGUCCGUUACAUGUGAAACAUCCACCGACGGGAGAAGAGUUCGCUUUAGGUUGCGGCAUUUGCCGCAACGCGCACACAUUCUAAGCUUCCAGUGCUCUCUCUUGUGAUUAUCAUGAAAUUGGAAUUGACACAACCUGUAGCAGUGGGUCUCGUAGUUUCAAUACCCGGCGAAAAAUAAUACACGACGCGACAGAAGAUACGUUACUUGUUAAGUAAUAGAUAAGACGUUUUUAUCGGUAAAUUUAGCGAUAGCUGUCGACAGAGUAAGAGAGGGAGGGAGAGAAAGAGAGCGAGAGAGAGAGAGAGAGAGAGAGAGAGAGAGAGAGAGAGAGAGAGAGAGAGAGAGAGAGAGAGCGAAAUCUGUAAGCUUGCGUGUCAAACUUCCAUGCGAUUUAAGAGGAAGGUUUGCAUCGGACGCUAUGUAGGCUGUAAUUGAUAUUUGUAAUGUGUCUUAAAUAGGAAUGGGAUCAAGGACACUCUAGAUAUAGCAUCAAUUUUAUGAGUAUAUUGAAACUUAAUAACGUUUAAAGUAUAAUCAAAACUUUCUGUUUCCCAAUCGCAUCGAGAGAUAUGCGUACUUUGGAACGUAGCGUAUAUCGUAAUGUAUAAUCGACAUUUUCUCAAAUACGUGUAUUACAUAUAAUCAUUUGGUAUAGUACUUGAUUCUGUAUUUGAUUGUGUAGUAAAUUCUUUACAAGCGUGCGAGAUAUAUCUAUGACGAUCUCUGUAUCAUUCGAUUUUAGUGAAAUGAUAUCUAGAGCUAUAUUGAAUUGACUAAGAUUUAUAAAUACAUACAUACUGAACUUGGUCCCAUCCUAAUCUUAAGCAUCGGAGCAAAGAAAAAUAAUAUAAAAUUCUGUGCACUAUUUAAAGUUCACUUUAGGACUCUACGUCUGUAAGGAUCUACAAGGAUAAGACUAGAGAAUCUAUGAUUUACGACGGAAUAUGAAAUGAAGUUCUAUUCUAAAGAAAACAUUCGAAUGGACGAGUUAGAUGAAAUGAAAUUUCAUUUCAAUUUCUGUUGCAAAUUAUGCGAAUCAUAUUUAAAGUGAACUUUAGAAAUUAUUGACUAUUGUCGAUACGAUCUAGUAUUAGUAAGCAAUGCGUAAAUAAGCUGUUGUAUGUGAAGAAAGUGUGUAUUUAAGGACAUGCACGAAAUUUUCGAAAAUAUCACAUAUAAAACAGACAUCCAAACCAUAUACUUCUACAUAUUACACUAAGCCGCUAACAGAAACCAGCAAUUUGUUCGAUUUAUCGAUUGGACAAAUUGAGUAUAUAUAUAUAUAUAUA